AUGGCGGAAAUGGAGACCCCAGGAGACGACAAGAAGAAGGGCCCCUAUUCUGAUCUGCCUGAACCCGUCGAGGUUAUUCCCGUCCAGCCUACCAACGUGGCUCCCCAGCCAACUAGCGAAGCCCAGGCACCUACUCAAGAAGAGCCUGUGAACAAGCCAACUUUCACACAGAACACUUCCGCGCCGGUUAUCACGACCUCUAUUGUUCCUAAGGAUCCUGCCACUGAGGUCGAGAAGCCAACUUCGGCGACCGAUCAGCCUCAGUACCAAUCCCCUGACGAGAGUGCGGUAGUGACGGAGACUACUCCACCCACCAAGGAAGUCACAACUUCUGCGAACGAGGUCCCGACCUACGAGCCAGUAAGAGAGGUUACUACUGCUGCUCCUGAAGUUCCUACCACUGCAGUCGCCCAACAGCCAGAGAUCUCCGAGACAAAAGUUCUGGACUCGACAGUUGAUCUUGGUACACUGCAACCAUCGGAGGGAGAGAACACCAAGCUAAGUGCUACCCAGGAGACCGCAGCUCCUGAAGCACCUUCUCUUCCUGUAACUACCUCCAAAGACGAGCAGCCUAUGACCACACCCGUUGAGGACGUGACAACUACUCUUGCGUAUGAGCCAACUCCUUCUGGACACCUCACAACACAGGCUCCUGGUGAUACCGCAUUCCCCAUCAACCCCAAGCAUCCCUCCAACAUUUACCCCUAUCCCCCUACCACACCAGCAGCAGAUGUUCCGGAAACCUCAGCUGCGGAGACAAAGCCUGCUGCUACAACCGAGACUGUCUCUGUAGUCCAGCCAAAGGACCCACAGGUUGAGACUACGUCUGGCGUUCAAGAUCGGCCCGCACCAACUACGGAGGCUGCCCAGCCUGAGGGUGGGGUCCCAGCUUCAGAACCUGUUCAGCCCAACAACCCUGCUCCUACAUCUGAGGUCAAGCAAACAUAUCCUCCUGUUGAAACUCCCGAUGGUCAAAAGCCUGCUGCGCCUACCGAGCCUUCUCCUGUUGAGACCUCGGCGCCCAUUGAACCUCAGAAUCCUGUGUCAACUCCAGAGCCUGCUCAGCCCGUUGCUCCCACUACAUCUGCGGUGCAGCAACCCGAAGCCCCAGCAGAGACCUCAGCUGUGCAACAGCCAGCUCCUGUUCCUUCAAAUGCCGAGCCCCAGUACUCAGCCCCUGGCUCCAACACCCUGCCAGCAGCACCUGCUGCCCCCCCAGCUACUACUGCCGUCGUCUCGAACCCUUCUUCACCCGAGACCACAUCUGUGGCCAAGGUUGUUCCCACAGGCUCACCAGCUGAUGGAGUGCCAACCAUUAAUACUGAAGUUCCUACAGGCACGAGUGCAAUUCCCGCCCCUGCUUACGCUAGCAAUGUUGUUGAUGCGCGAACAUACAACGAAGAGUUCGCAAAGCUCACACCCGAAACUGCAUGUGUAAAGGGCCAAGCAGCUUGCAUUAAUGGACAAAUGGCUCUAUGUGGUGACGAUGGUGCUUUCGAGCUUAUUCCUUGUGAGACUCAAGGCGAGAAAUGUUUUGCUCUACCUUUGUACAACGUCGAGGGAGGUAUCAAGAUAGUCUGCGAAGAUCCCGCUACUGCAGCCAAGAUCCUCGGAGGAACUCCUGGAGGUGGCAAGGACAACACUGCUCCCGGUAAUGAAAACCAGGACCAGCAGCCAGUACCUACCUCCACAGUUGAGAAGAAGCCUGAAGUUCCUGUGGUUACAGUCACUACCAUCGUUACUGUCGAUGAUGGUGCUGCCCCUGAACCCACUAGUGAGCCUGCCCCUGAGCAGCCAGCGCAGCCCACCCAGCCUGUGAAUGAGCAACCUUCUCAGCCUAACUAUCAGCAACCCACACAGCCCCAGCCUGUGCCUGAGAAGCCUACCCAGCCUGCUCCCGAAGUACCAACUCAAUCUGCCCCUGAGCAGCCGAGCCAACCUGAUGCUGAACAGCCUGCUCAGCCCACCUCCCCAUCGCAACCAUCUCAGCCCGAACCAGAGCAGCCAUCCCAGCCAGCUCAGACCCAGCCCGUUCAGGGACGACCAUCUCAACCGAGUGAGGAGAAGCCUGCCCAGACCACCCCCCCAAAGCCUUCCAACCCCCAGCCCACAAAGGCUUAUGAGGAUCUCCCUCCAACAAGCCCCCCUGUCGCUGAGCCAAGUACGAACUCGAUGAACCUCCCUGGCGGCACAACCUUGACCAAAUCAAUCAAGAAGCCUGAUGAAGCCAAGCCCACGACCUCACCAGAUGAUGAUGAUGAUGGUGAUGAUGACAAGGACAAAGACGGUGAUGACGAUGAUAAGCCUACGUCCGUAGUGCUCAUCCCUAUCCCCGACAAGCCCACAAAGGCUCCUGCUCCCGCAGCCACAGAGGCCAAUGCUGAUAGCGAAGAUGACAAGAAGCCCGCGGCUGUUACUCGUACUGGUGACGAUGCACAUGCCACAACUAUUGUCGUCGAUGGCACACCUACCGUUUCUGUCUACUUCACCGUGACAGUUACAGAUAAGGACCAGGCCACUGUCACUGUCACCGAGAAGGAGAGAGAGACUGUUACGCUGGUGAUUAGCGCCUAA